CUCGACUACGACUACGACGUCGCCGUGGCCGUCAUCUGCGGCAUGUACCUCAUCUUCGGCGUCGUCUACAGCCUCUUCGGAUACCGCUGCUUCAAGGCUGUGAUGUUCCUGACUGGAUUCAUCUUCGGCUCCAUCAUCGUGUACCUAAUAUGUCUUCAAGAGAAGCUGCUGCCUAGCUAUGGAAACGCAGGCGUGGCGCUGGGCGCGGGCAUCCUGUUCGGGCUGAUCACGAUGCUGGUGCAGUACGUGGGGCUGUUCAUGACCGGCUUCCACACGGGCCUGUUCGCGGGCAUCGUGGCGCUGGCCGUGGCCGAGCAGUUCGCGUGGCAGCCCGCCAUGUGGAUGACCGGCUGCGUGCUGCUGGGCGGCGGCCUGCUCUUCGCCAUCCUCAACCUCUACUGGCAGAAAGGACUCACCGUGGUGGGCACGAGCGUGUACGGCGGCGCCAUCAUGGCCGGCGCGCUGGACUACUUCGUGGAGAAGUUUCUCAUGGUGAAGUGGCUGUGGGAGCGCGUCACGCUCAAGCGCACGCUCUCGCCCUGCUGGUUCAGCUGGCUCAUCCUGUCCGUGUGGCCCUUCAUGGUGUUGGUGGGCAUGGUCACCCAGUGGGCCAUCACCGGGCGCGGCAUUUACCACCAGGAAUUGGUGCCGUCCAAGAAGAAUCGCAGCAUGACCAUCCAGAGGGCCCGGACUCGUGAGCAACGAGCUGAGCUACGACAGAAGAAGUAUCGCUACUUGUAUCAAGUGCGGACAGCUCACGGGGACGUUAUCAGCCAGAGUUACGUUCAAGCUUUGCAACGCAAAGUAUGUGGUCCUGGUGAGACUAAUACUCUUCAAUCGGAUUCAACACAUCUCACAAUACUUCCCGCAGACCAGACCCAACUGGCAGCUCUCACAGAAUCAGAAGAUGAAAGCCGGGAAAUAUCUGGUGAUAUAAUUCAACUAGAUAGGCGCCACGAGAGCAGCCGAGAAUCUGUCAACUUCAACAUUGGUCGACCUCCAUAUCGAUAGUAAUUCCAUUCCAUGCAUGCAAGCAACUUUCAUAAUAAUUCAUUUCAUUGUGAUACAACUCAGACGACGAAGUAAUAACUUUAUUUCAUUGCACUAUUCGUGAAAAAAAAACUUUUUUAUCUUAUAUGGCAGUGAACAGUGAAACUUGUAUGUGAAGAGAAGCAAAUAAUUUUAAAAUAACAUUUGUGCAUAUGUGCUUUAACCACAAACAAGAAGUUAUAAAAAUGUGAAGAUGUGUUUGGUGCUUGGGUCGCUAUGAAAAGCCAUUUGUUGGGAACGAUGUACUUCACAUAAAACAGACUGAUUUGAAAGUCAGCCCCAAACCAAAGAUUCAGACCAGCAUUUGUUCUGGAAGUGGUUGGUGUUCAAGCAUGGGAAAUUCAUGUAUCUAUAAGAACUAAUGCUACACGUUGACAAUACAGAGUUAGAGAAAUUAGAUGAAUUUUUCUAUUAAAUAUAGUUAAUGUAUCACUUGUGAUGCAUGUUCAUUCCAGUUUUCUUUAUAAGCACAAAUAUAAGUUAAAGGGACAAAGGAAUUUAAGAAUGAUCCUGUAAUUCUAGAAAAACUUUUGUAAUUGGACAAUCUUUAGUGUCUGAACGAACUAGUUUGCAUAUAUUGAUAAAGAUUUAAUACUCUUCAGUAAACAAUUCAAUCUGUUCCUUUGUCCUUUGUAUGCUUCCUUUCAUGCUCGACACCUCUGUAGAAUGUUAACUGAGAGACAUCCAUCCACAACGUGAUAUGAAAAUGGUGAAACCAUAAGUUAAUGUUCAGUUCAUGAAAUGAACUAUGAAUAUUUCAUAUUUGUAUUAAUCUGUGAUGUUGCUUGUGGAAAUGAUUAUUGAAUUAAUGUAAUAAAAUUAUUUUCCUUUUUUCAUUGAUU